GUCAGACGGUGGCGAAGAUUUUAGUAUCGUUGGAUUUUUCUUUUGUCCGUUUCGUCCAGAUCACAGAUUAAUUCUUUGUUGCGGCGAGAUUAUGAUUCUGCGUGGAUGAUCAAUUGAUAUUUCUAAUUAAUUUGUAUAGUAUCCUGUCACAUUCCUGUGUAUACAUAAAAUUGAUUUACUUUUAAUUUGUCUUAUUAGCAAAGUGAUCAACGUUUCGCUAACACUGUUGUUGUCGAUGGACUGAUCCAAAAAGCCGGCUUUAUCAGAAUCAUCGAACAGCGUCAGGUAGCGCUGGCCUUUUUGUCAAAGGGAUUUGGACCAGGGAUUUCAAAAAGUUAUGGUUGAAUGAUAUCAUUAGUAUCACGGAAGACGGACAAAUUAAAUAUACGUGACCGCUAAUUAGAUUCCGUUCAACAUAAUAUUAUUAUCUGCUUUUUUUUGGCUGAAAAUGCGGCUGUGGCACUUCCCGUCGUCGGCCAAAAGGGCCGCUGAUAGCGCUGUACCAGGAUGGUUUUUUUAUUGUUGCGCAAAAUUAUUGUUAUUAUUGGCUGGCUUGACAGACUCCACGGUUCGUUAUUAUGGGGCCUACCAAAAUUUUGGGACGGGUGAUACAGUAAUCGCGGUACUGCAAAGUCACGGUGGGCCAAAUGAUUGGCGGAGUCGUUGGCACAUCGAGUGCAUGGACGGGGAAGCAAUGUGGGGUAUUCAUGACCUUACGGAUGACUUCCAGAGGUUAUGGUUUAUUUGGUGCAAAUUUAUGUUCCCCUACAAGCCACCAUCCAAUGGCCUGUACCCUUAUUAUCCCAGCUGCCACACGCGCAACAUCACCAUGGAAUUCUUUUGUUACGAUCCGCGGGAUAACGUGGCCACACUCAACAGCUUCGUUACCGGUUGGUGGGAUAACGAAUACCAGUUCCGUGUUGACCGCGUGAAAGACGACCGUACCUCCACGCUAAAAUGCUGCAAAACCCCGACCGGCUACUACAUUGAUUAUACUUCCUGCUUGUACAAAUCGACACACGACCAGUUCUACGAAUACUACGAUGGGUUAUACUUUGUCGUGCUGUGUGACACCGGAUAUGUAAUGACCGGCACGGCUGUAAAAAUACACCCGACGGUGGGCGAGUAUUACAUCGACUGGAUCCAGUGCUGCCGGUUGGGAUUCCUUGCCGGACCAUCCAUGAUACCUAUUAUGCCCAUCCCGCCCCGGACACUGUCCGGGCCACGGCUGCCUCAAUCAGCAACACUCUUAGCCCGGACUCUCGCAGACCUUAACGACACACUUCCGGCUAACAUGACCAUUCCACCGAGUUACUACCGCAUCCCGGACACCCACCCCAUUCUGGCUGAUGUCCCGGACUAUACACAAGAAUACAUGGGGCGUUAUAUCAAAGGUGAUGUCAGUGCCCGUAUCAACAUGCUGACCAAGCGGAUGAAGCAGACCGCAGUGGGCAGCGGUACUCAUCUCAACCAGCAUCUCCAGCAUGUCGGUGAUGUACCCAAGCCCAACAAUGACCAUAAACUGUGAUCGGCUUUACCGGCUGGCGCUGCCUAAUUCGUUGUUUGCAAAAUUGUUGUUUGGCGUAGAUAUCUGUACGUGUAAAAAAUUAAUGGUUGUGACAAGUGACAGUAUUUCCGCACGGGGUUGAAAUUUUCACGUCGAUGUGUUUUUGCAUAACACAUUUGCUUAACGGGUCAUCACAGACCUAUCGAUAUCGAGGCCUGCUCCAUACAAAUUUAUUCAUGAGUCUCGCAGCAUGCAAGCUGUGAAGUGAUUGUGAACUCUGGCUGCAAUGGAGAGGGUAAAUUUGAAUUAACUGUAAGCAAAGACUGGUUUCUAUUUUGUGAACUUCAGGGUUACCUUUUGGUGCAUCUUAAUAGUUUUAAAGUUGAUCUUGAUGCGGCAGUUAUA